AAGAACUGUAUUCUGGCUGAUCAGAAAGAAGCAUAUGGACAGGGGUAAAGACAAAAAGAAAUUAUCCAAUUUUAAUACACGUAGCAGCAACUCGGAAAAGCACCAGCCAGUUUGCAAAAGUGAUAAUAACUUAAGAUGUCACGUUUGUAAUAUCUGUGACAGAAAAUAUGUUCAUAAAAGUACAUUGAGAUUACAUAUGACAGUACACACAGGGCAGAGGAAGAAUAAAUGCGAAAUCUGUGACAGAGUAUUUACACGAAAUUCUUAUCUUAACAUACAUAUGAGAAUACACACAGGAGAGAUUGACUAUCAAUGCAAAUUAUGUGAGAAAUCGUUUACUCGUAAAGAUACUCUUACAAAUCACAUGAAAGUGCACACAGGUGAAAAGAAGUAUAAAUGUGAAGUCUGCGAGAAAUCAUUUGCUCGUAAAGAUACUCUUGCAGAACACAUGGUAGUGCACACUGGAGAGAAGAAUUUUAAAUGUACAGUCUGUGAGAAAUCAUUUGCUCGCAAAAAUACUCUUACAAAGCACAUGGUAGUGCACACUGGAGAGAAGAAUUAUAAAUGUACAGUCUGUAAGAAAUCAUUUGCUUGUAAAUUUACUCUUACAAAUCACGUAACAGUGCACACAGGAGAAAAGGCUUAUACAUGCAAAGUCUGUGAGAAAUCAUUUGCUCAUAAAAUUACUCUUACAAAUCACAUGAAAGUGCACACAGGGGAAAAGAAGUAUAAAUGCGAAGUCUGUGAGAAAUCAUUUGCUCUUAAACCUACUCUUACAAAUCACAUGAAAGUGCACACUGGAGAAAAGAAUUAUAAAUGUACUGUCUGCAAGAAAUUAUUUCCUCGUAAAUCAUCACUAAUAUCGCAUAAAACAGUACACACCGCAGUGAAGAAUUACAAAUGCGAAAUCUGUGACAAAGCAUUUUCUCAAAAUUAUUAUCUUCUAAUACAUCAAAAAAUACACACAGGGGAAAAUGAUUAUAAAUGUGAUAUAUGUGACAAAGCAUUCACUCGAAAGGAAACUCUUAAAGUACAUCUGAAAAUACACACAGGAGAAAAGAAUUAUAAAUGUGAAAUUUGUGACAGAGCAUUUACUCAAUAUAGUAAUAUUAAACGACAUAUGAAAAUUCAUAUAGGGGUGAAACACUAUCACUGCGACAUUUGUAACAGGUCGUUUCCUUCUAUAAGUUCUUUAGAAAGACAUUCGAUCGUCCACACUUGAAGGAGCUAAUAUAAAUGCGGACUAUGUGACGGACAAUUUUCUAAAAGAAAUGUUUAAAUCUUAACGUAAUAUGAAGAUACACCCUGAAGAGAAGAAAUAUUAAUACGAAAUAUUUGAAGAAAAAAAAAACACUUUCUUUAUGAAAGCAUCUUUAAACACAUGUAACAAAACACACUGGAGAAAUAUAGAUGUGAAUGCAGGAACGGAUUUUUAUGCUCUCUGAAGGGAGAGCAUUUAGUCGCCGCCAUGUCUGUCUGUCCGCACGUUUUGUAUGGAUCAUAACUUGAAAAGACUUGGACAUAAUUUGUUUAAAUUGCACACAGUAGCAGGUAUUGAAGCGGAAUGCAGUUCCA